UCCUCGUCAGUCGUCCAUUUCUGUGCGUUUUGGGAAAAAUAUUUUUAUUUUAUUAAAGUUUGUGCAGUUCAGCGGAAAAGUCCUCAAUUUCGUCUCACGAUGGGGCUGAAGGAAGCCAACAUUGUAUUAGACAAUCAGUUCAACACCUACUUCCCCGGGCAAACUGUAAAUGGAAGAGUUGAAUAUGUUUUCGAUUCGCCGAAAAAAGUUCGAGGUAUUCACGUAAAGAUCAAGGGUGAAGCCCACACGUCCUGGAGCGAGAGCCGGCGGCAAGACACGUCCGACGGGAAGACCGAGGAUGUGGAUGAGACCAUCUCGGGACAUGAAGAAUACUUCAACAUCAACUACUAUUUGCUGGGAAGCAACUCUGGCAAUGAGAUUGAGAUCCCGGCUGGCCGUCAGGUGUACAACUUCACCUGCACGCUGCCCCCGGUGCUGCCGUCAUCAUUCGAGGGUCAGUUUGGAUACAUCCGCUACACCAUCAAGGUGACACUUGACCGCCCAUGGAAGUUUGACCAGGAAACCAAGAUAGCAUUCACUGUCAUCAAUCCACUGGACUUGAAUCUCAACCCGUCUUACAAAGCUCCGCUGCGCCUACAAAUGGAGAAGACCUUCUGUUGCCUGUGCUGCGCCUCCGCCCCGCUAUCCGUAGACCUGCAGGCCCCGGUCACCGGCUACUGCCCCGGGCAGGCCAUACCGAUACAGCUCGAUGUGGAGAACAAGAGCAAUGUUCAACUGCAUUUAAUUAAAGUCUUCUUGAGGAAGCUAGUAACCUACCGUGCGACAAACACCUCAGCCAGCACAUCCAUAAAGAAGACGAAAGACAUCGUAGUGACGAUACAAGAGGGUCCGGUGGUGGCCGGCGGCUCCAAGCAGUUUAAUUUGAAGCUGGAGGUGCCCCCGAUACCGCCCUCCAACCUGGUUAAUUGCAGCAUCAUUGAUCUGGAUUAUGAUAUUAAGGUGGAAUGCGCAGUGUCCGGAAUGCACUUCAACCUCAAAGACAAGAAGUACGUGACUAUCGGAACUGUUCCACUGGUGGGGGGCGCCCCGCCCUCGCCCAGCCAGCCUGCCGUGCUGCACGCGGGUGAUGCCGUUGGUCCGGGCUGGGUGGCUCCAUCCGCACCGCCAUACCAGUCGCUGUACCCCUCUCUUACGGACCCCGUGUACAAAGAAGGCAACUACUCGGCCAGGACUCUGCAAGACAAGACGGACACAAACUACACUCAGAUCGCGAACGCUAACAAUUUCGCGCCGUUCUAUCCGACCUACGCGGCUGUUCUGCCACCUCCUUUGCCUCAGUAAAAAAAAAGAAAAAUGGAUCUGCGUUCGGAAACCUCUGUAUUCUAUUAAUGUAACCUCCAACGAGCUUAUGUAUACUUACAAGUCAAUGUAUGAAACAGAUUUUUAACUUUCGUAAAACUUCCAAAGGUUGUAAUCCCUUUUUGAAUAUAAAAUAUUUCUACGUACGGGAACCUCAUGUAUGGGACAUAUUUCCCCUUCGGCAAUCUUCCGCCAAUUCUGUAAAUCCUCUGAGCUAAAAAGUAUGUUUAGAAAUUGAAUUAAUGUAUGACAACAAGGUAUAACUUCAUGCUACUUUUCUCUCACCGUUACCUACCUAUUGAGAUGUGUUUGAAAGACAGUUUUGCUUUUGCAAAGUAUUAUAUUAGUAUAUUAAGGUAAAAACACAUCUAUGUUAUUGUAUUUUAUGUGUUAAAUGUACUAACCUUAAAUGUAGACAUGGAAUGUUAUAAUCAAUGUGAAAUUUACCUACUAACGCCAAAGAUAUAUUAUUAUAUGAUAGAAUUUUCGUCAAUUCUUCCUUCAAUGUCUACCAACAGCAUUUCUACUUUUGGACGCAUAUUCUACGGGCUUUUUGUAUGCAAUAGGGCUGUUUUUUUCAAUAGACGGUUACAUUUUCAUAAGGAAUACUUAAUUUUGAUGUUAUAGCAGCAAACUAAAGGUAGGUAUUCCUCUGCUAGAUUUAACUGACUAUUGAAAAAUCUGCGCUUAGUUAUUUAAUAAAUGCAUUUAACUUUUGUGGCCAAGUUGUGUCGUAGGUUAAACAAAAAAAUGUAUUUGAAUUAGAAGGUAAGUCUAUGUAAUGUAACCAAAUACGCAUAACGUUAUAAGUGUUAAAAA